AAAAGAUUAGAUCUGUACCAUAUCAUAUAGACAACUUCAACUACGUCCAUAUAUACGACUCUUUGCAGCUACAUUCACAGCUUCUUAUACAACUGCAACUUCUCGUUACAUCGCCUUGUCCCCUAAAGCUUUGGAUAUCAACCGGCCACACUUAGUACGAUUAUUUCCACCGUAUCCCCGUACUGGUUGUAUGUUGUAUAAUACUAUAUAAGUCUAUAUUCCAGUCUCUUUACCAGCAUACUGUCGACUUCUAAUCUUGAAGACUUUUAUCCAUCGUUGAUCUUAGCAAGCCCCUAUCUACACACUGGGAACCGAAAACUUAACUACACUGUAAAACUGGAAGAAUUUUCCACACAUCCAUAACAGUCACAUACCAGAACAGAGUCGACACUUCUGCAUUAUCAUAUUCACAAUGCAAGCUGUUUCACCCAUCUUCCCGGCGCUGUCCUUGUCGCUCUAUCCAGCGACUUCCAAUCCCGAAGACCAAGUGCUCAUACCCCAACUUCCAGAAAAACCCAGCGCACUGACAGGCUCUAUAUUGGUCUACAUCAUUCCUGCCGAAAAGAAUCUAUAUGUCCAGGGUUUUGAAGCAGAAGAAUACUCCCAGCGACCUCCUACUUUGCUAAGAGGCUGUCUCUUAGUCAGAGUGCUCAAAUCAUCUAAAAUCAAAAGCAUUACCCUCCGUUUCUCCGGAGAACAACGAACAGACUGGCCCGAAGGAAUUCCUCCAAAGAAACAGAUCUAUGCGGAAACAAACUAUAUCGUGUCACAUACAUGGCCUUUCUUUCAGCAGGGAUCUGGUAAUCCUCAGACUGGGGCUGAUCUCUAUCGAGACUUUGGCGAUUUGACCUCGAUUUUGUCUUCGGACAACGACCCUUCGAAGCCCGGAACUUUUGCUCCAGGAGAUUACAUCUACAAUUUCGAACAUCCGUUGCCUCCUUCGACACCGGAAUCUUGUAGUGUGACUUUUGGCUCGGUCCAUUACUGUUUGGAAGCCAAUAUUGUUCGUCCUGGUACGUUCAAGUCUAAUAUGACGGCAAGAUUACCGAUCGAAAUUAUCAGAACUCCAGCUGAACAGAACCUAGAAGAAAACGAAUCAAUAGUAAUAACCAGAGACUGGGAGGACCAACUUCGUUACGAUAUAGUUAUUGGUGCUAAAUCUAUAGUCUUGGACUCCUACUUGCCGCUAGCUUUCAGAUUCGUUCCCUUGUGGGGAAAAGUAGCGUUGCACAGAAUCAGAGUUUACUUGACAGAGAACCUCGAGUACUACUGUUCCAAUAAGAAAGUUCACCGCAUGGAACCAGCGAGAAAGUAUUUGUUACUUGAGCACAAAGCUGAAAAAGGUAAGUCGUUGUUAUCGAAAGAUCUGGAAGAGGAGAACCACUUUGAAGAUGUUUUGCCCAAAGAGUUAGAAUUCCAGCUAUUUGUACCUAAGCUGUUGAACGAUAGACUGAACCAUGAAAUCCACCCAGACACUUCAUAUGACAAUAUUCAGUCUCACCAUUGGAUCAAGAUCUGCUUGAGAAUUUCGAAACAAGACGAAAGCAAACCAGACAAGAGAAAGCACUAUGAGAUAUCCAUUGAUUCUCCAUUACGUGUUCUUUCUCCUUUGGCUGCUCAUGGAAACACGCUCUUGCCAGCUUAUGACGACUUUGUUCCUGGUACCACUAAUCCACCACUACCUAUUGAAAGAGAUGCAGAUAUGCACUUAGAAGCAAAUUUGUAUUCGCCAGUUGCCAAUGAGUCUUCGACCAAGUUGAGUUCACCACAAGCAGUGCCACAUCCCGGAACGUUCAAUUCGCCAUUGAAUUCUCCAGUCCAAAGACCAAUUCAUCUUUUGAGAAGACCAUCUACCAAUCCUCCUCCGUUUGAGGCUGAUUCUCCUCCUCCUACCUUUGAAAAUUUGCCUCCAACGUAUGAAGAAAGUGAACAGUCUCUUUCG